CCCGCGGCCGGAGAGCGCCGGGCCCCCGCCCGCCACGAGCCAGCGCUGCCCGGCCCGAGUGACUUCUUGUGAACAUAAUUUUAUUGGAGAAUCCUGCCUUUCGCUGUCUGGAUCCUUUAACAGUGUGCCAAAGAGGGACUCCAUGAAAGAUGACAGAAGAAGUUAUUGUUAUAGCAAAGUGGGAUUACACUGCACAACAGGACCAAGAACUUGACAUCAAGAAGAAUGAGCGUCUUUGGCUGCUGGAUGAUUCCAAAACAUGGUGGAGGGUAAGAAACGCGGCCAACAAAACGGGAUAUGUGCCAUCAAAUUACGUGGAGCGAAAGAACAGCUUGAAGAAAGGCUCCCUGGUUAAAAAUCUAAAAGACACAUUGGGUUUGGGUAAAACAAAAAGGAAGACAAGUGCACGAGAUGCCUCACCUACUCCUAGUACAGAUGCAGAAUAUCCAUCCAACGGUAGCAGUGCAGAUCGGAUUUAUGACCUUAACAUCCCAGCCUACGUUAAAUUUGCCUAUGUGGCAGAGAGGGAGGAUGAGCUGUCCCUUGUUAAAGGAUCCCGAGUCAUUGUUAUGGAAAAGUGCAGUGACGGCUGGUGGAGAGGUAGCUACAAUGGACAGAUUGGCUGGUUUCCUUCGAACUAUGUGGUGGAGGAAGUUGAGGAAGCAACUGCAGAUUCCCCAAGUUUUCUAAGUUUAAGGAAAGGUGCAUCCAUGAGUAAUGGCCAGAGCUCGAAACUACUUCAUGUUGUUCAGACAUUGUAUCCAUUCAGCUCUGUCACAGAAGAAGAGCUCAAUUUUGAAAAGGGGGAAACAAUGGAAGUCAUUGAAAAACCAGAAAAUGACCCAGAAUGGUGGAAAUGUAAAAAUUCCCGAGGGCAAAUUGGUCUUGUUCCUAAAAACUAUGUAGUAAUCUUAAGUGAUGGUCCUACCAUUAACACUUCCCAUCCACCUCCGAUAAGCUAUACAGGGCCAUCUUCUACAGGACGGUUUGCUGGAAGAGAGUGGUAUUAUGGGAAUGUUACCCGGCAUCAAGCAGAAUGUGCCCUAAAUGAGAGGGGAGUGGAAGGGGACUUCCUUGUUAGAGAUAGUGAAUCUUCGCCCAGUGACUUCUCAGUAUCUCUAAAGGCAUCAGGGAAGAACAAACAUUUCAAGGUGCAGCUCGUGGACAAUGUCUAUUGUAUUGGCCAGCGUCGAUUUCAUUCAAUGGAUGAAUUGGUGGAACACUACAAAAAAGCUCCCAUCUUCACCAGUGAACACGGGGAAAAGUUAUAUCUUGUGAAAGCACUUCAGUGACGUUGAAGAUAGACUAUGCCGCCUAGGCCUCUUAUAACUUUCAAGCCUUAGGUCCUAAUUCACUUUUAUAGAGCAGAGCAAUCUACUCCCUGAAGCAGGCUUAAAGAAUGGUCUCUUUCCAAAGUGUUUGCUCUGUUGGUUGUUAUUGUCCUUUUUUGGUUUGAUUUUGUUUUGUUUGCCUAUUUUAUCUUUUCGGUUCUGUUAAUCUCAGAUGACCUCCCCUCAGGUUGAAAAUUUCACUUAAAUGGGCGUUGUAAGCACUCACUUUCAUGCCUGAGUUCUAAACUCCCCUCUUCUGUGUACGUUUACAUAGUUAGUUCCAAUAAACGAGGGGUGUUUUCAAUUCAAAACAGUGUUAAUCUGUUCAAAUUGCUCAUGCUGACAGAACUGUUCAUUUGAGAGACAUCGGGCACAGUUUGAAUGCACUGAAGCUGCAGCUAAUUAAGUGAGAUAUAGUAGACAUAACAGUUGUGGCAGUGAGUUCUGUAGCUAUUUUGCUUACCAAGUAGUAUAUUACAAAAAUUCCUAGUUCCUAGAAGCACUCUUUACACUGUACUCUGCUAUUACAUUGCCUCUUUAACUCUUUGUAAAGAGUACACUAAUUAAAGCAUUUUGUAAUAGUACUUCUUAAUCUACUAUGGUAAGAUUGUAGUAAAAGAAAACUAUCUAGUGUAUUUUGGUCUGUAAUUGCAACAGAGAGGAAUUUUCUUUUUUACAUUGAUUGCUAGAGAAAGAAUCAUUGAAUUGUAAAGGCUGAAUGUUUUGGUAAUCUACAACCAAAUGUGCCAUCCACAUAAUGCUUUUUCCUCUUGCCCUUCUGCUUGUUUGAAUUAAACAAUU